AUGUUGGCUUUACGGCGGCUUAACAUCGAAACAACUAAACGUGCUUUCUCUUCUUCAGCCGUAAAUGCUACUAAAGUAGCUGUUCUUGGUGCCGCCGGAGGUAUCGGUCAACCACUUUCCCUUCUUCUCAAGCUUAACGAAUUAGUAUCUCAUUUGUCUCUUUACGAUAUUGUGAAUGCACCUGGUGUUGCUGCUGACUUGAGCCAUAUUAACACUCACAGCAAGGUUACUGGCUACUCUCCUGAUAAUGAUGGUCUUAAACAUGCCGUCACGGACGCCACAAUAAUUGUCAUUCCAGCUGGAGUUCCUCGUAAACCCGGAAUGACUCGUGACGAUUUGUUUAAUACUAAUGCUGGAAUCGUUAAAGAUUUAGCUACUGCAGCUGCAAAAUAUGCACCUGACGCGCAUUUGGCUGUCAUAUCAAACCCCGUUAACUCUACUGUACCAAUUGUCUCUGAAAUAUUCAAAAAACAUAAUGUUUAUAAUCCAAAAAGAAUUUUUGGAGUUACAACGUUGGAUAUUGUCCGUGCAUCCCGUUUCGUAUCCGAAUUGAAGGAUACUGAUCCUAAAAAUGAGAAUAUCGUUGUAGUUGGUGGUCAUUCUGGUGUAACCAUCAUCCCUCUUAUAUCACAGUCGGGCUCGAAUUUCACAGAUGAUGAAUUGAAAGCUCUAACGCAUAGAAUACAAUUCGGUGGUGAUGAAGUGGUUAAAGCUAAAGCUGGAACUGGUUCAGCAACACUUUCCAUGGCUUUUGCUGCCUCUCGCUUCACCAACUCUCUACUUCGUGCAUUAAAAGGUGAAACUGGUGUUACUGAACCUGCUUAUGUAAAAUCACCUUUAUUUGAAUCGGAAGGAGUAGAAUAUUUCGCAUCUAAAAUCGAAUUAAAUCGAGAAGGCGUGGGCAAAAUUCAUGAUUUGGGAUCAUUAAGCCAAUAUGAAAAACUGCUUUUAGAAGCUGCUUUACCUGAAUUAAAGAAGAAUAUCCAAAAAGGAAUCGAUUUUGUUCAUAAAUAA